AGGGAGCAUUACAUCCAGUGCCCAUUGAUUACCAACCACAAGCAACUUGCUGCCUGGUCCCACUGCUGGGCCACUGACCACAGGCAACUUCUUGGCCAGUCCCACUGCUGGAAUUACUGACCACAGGCAACAUCUUGGCCAGUACCACUGCUGGAGCACUGACCACAUCGCACUCAGUUCCACCGACAGCAAAGUUUCACUCACGGACCAUUGAGGAUGGAUAACGACAAACCAGAGGAGUGUAAAGUGUGCUUUAACAAUUAUGAUGAAGAACUACGACGACCACGCACUCUGCUGUGUGGUCACACAUUCUGCUCACAGUGUAUUGAAGAUACAAUUAAGAAUGCUCAGCUCACCUGCCCCAGCUGUCGUGCUGAGCACAGUGCCACAGAUGCUACUCAGUUCCCAAUCAACUACACUGUGGAGGCUUUUAUAAAGAAACUCAGAAGUAUCCAGGUUACAUCAGUGGGAACAGUGUCAACAAAACGUGGUCAAGACCGCACAAGAGGUAUCAGCAAGAAGUUACGGUCUUGGGUACAGGAACACAAGAGCAGUAUCAGUAACCUUAUAAGUGAGUGUGAAGAAGCACUGUCCCAGCUGGGCAAGUACCAGGGGCAGGUGAGGGACUGGAAGACCCAGCAUCACCAACUGCAGGACAGACUCUAUGAUCUGCUGGAGCAGAACAAGGCAGCAAUAGAGCUCCUGGAACAGGAGGAUACCAGUGUGCUGACUAUGACAACAGAAGGAGAGGCAGAAAAGAAGCAGCUGCAGACCAUGCUGGAGACCCUCAACACAGUCACCAUUGAUGAAGCUGAUCAAUACAAUGUGGAGGUUGAAGAUUGGAUCCAGAAGUGUCAGGAACUCUUCCCAGAUGUUAACACUGUCUACACCUCAGUAAAGGUAUGA